AUGCAAACUAAUACCAAUAUGAGAGCUUCUCGAGCAGAAUGUUCAAGAGAAUUGUUUAAAAACAAGCAAAUAUUAAUGAGUGAAGAGGUGCAAAUAAAAUAUGAUAUAGAAUAUCAUUGUAUUAAUUUUAAGUCACCUCUAAGAAGCAAUAAAUAUCAAAUUCUUGGGUCAAUUGUUACAGCUGAUUAUAAAAAAACAAAUUUUGCUGUUAGGUUUCAGUUUAUGAAUUGCUAUAGUUUCUUGGCAAUUAUAGAAAAACUUAAUUUUGAAUCAAGUAAAGUUAAUUGUGAUUUAAAAAUUUGUUGGGUGUUGAUUAGUAAUCUAUUAAUCCUUGGCUAUUUUGAUAGUAAAUUUGGGCACAUUAAAUUAAUUGCUGAUGAAAUAGAAAUUCCAGAUAUUAUGUCUAUAUGUGACGUAAAAAUUGAUAUGACGGAUAAGAAAGAAAAUUUUUCAACUAAUUCAGUGAAUAAUUAUAUUCUUUCUACAGAUAAUAAUUUUACUUGGAAUCAAUAUGAUAGAAACUAUCAAGAAUUUAACAAUAUUCCACCUAUAGGCUUUGUUUCGGGUUCGGAACUGGGCUCUUUUUUGAAUCCGGAACUAGAAAACCUUGAGGCCGCUUUAAUUCAAUCGGUUACUAGUGAACAUUUGAUAGGCCCAUUUUUGGAUCCGGAACUAGAAAACCUCGAAGCUGCUUUAAUUCAAUCAGUUACACGUGAAAGCUCUUUAAUUCAGUCAGUCACUGGUGAAUGUUCUUUAAUUCAAUCGGUUCCUGGCGAAUGUUCUUUAAUUCAAUCAGUAGAAUCAGAGGAGUCUGAUGGGUUAGAAACUUUGGAUCGAGAGGAAUUUGAAACUGUGGCACAAGGUCCUGUAGUGGGGUCAGAAUUAGAACACCUUAACCCUACAGAAUUUCCCUUAUUAACUGAACCGGUGGAAUUGACUGCUGGUUUACGUUUUCCCUCUUGGUUAAUUGCUGAACAUUACAUUAAAGAAUAUGGACGACAAAGAGGAUUUGCUAUUAAUCGUUAUCGAGUUAAAUAUCACAAGGACUCUGAUUCAUCUAAACGAAUUGUAAAAAAGAGAAUGUUUUCUUGUGAAUAUGCUGGAGUUUACAAGCCUAAAAAGACAAAACCAUUGGAUCAACAACGUAACAAAGGAUCAAAGAAAACGAAUUGCAAAUGGCAUGUCAACCUAUCUAAUCCUGAAAAUAGUGGUUUUGUGCACGUAGUUUUUGUAUACUCAGAACAUAACCAUGAAUUACUUGCUGAUAACGCAAAAUUUGCUGCGAAAUUCAGAAAAUUCGAUCAAUCAAUAUUAGCAGAAAUUGAGCGUGCAGUUGUAUAUGGGCGGUGUGAUGCAUAUACCAUAAGAAAUUUAUUGCAACCACUGUUUCCUGAUCAACUAUUUUUAACGCAAGAUCUUUCUAAUGCUAUUCAGAAAAUCAAACGAGAAAAACAAAUUACAGGAUCUGAUGCAUCUCACUUGUUAAAAUUUUUACUCAAUCAACAAAAAGAAGAUCCAAUGAUGUUUGUACAGCCAUUAGUAAAUGCAGAUAGUGAUAGAUUUUCAACUAUGUCAGAUGUAGUCGAAGCUUUGGAUUCCCGAAUGCAGAAAGAGGCAAUGAAUAAAGAUUUUUUAGCAUGGAAAUAUAAAUUAACAACGUACCAUCAACUAUUUGUUGUGGAUAAUUUUUUCAGUGAAAUUAAUAGCACAAUUAAAAAAUACUUUUCACCACGAAUUGUCACAGAAAUCCAGAAACAAAUGUGUGAAUCAGUGUUAUAUAGGUGUGAAAAGUUAUCUAUUAACAAAGCUUUUAAAUUUACUGAAGAUCAAUCGGAUCAAAAUGAACUAUGCGAAAGUCUAACUAAUCCAACUCAUGCUAAUAAUUCAGAAUGCAUUGAGGACAUCGAAAACUACUAUGAUUACCGACAAAUAUAUCUAAACAUUAUAAUAACAUCCAAGAAGUUCAGGCCCAUCAACAUCUACAAAAAAAAACACAAUAUGGUCGAUUUUAAAAAAGCUUUAAACUAUUCAUUGAAAGAUAAUGACCAAAGUGGUUUAGAUAAUAUUAUAUUAGCAUAUAUUUCUGAGAAGGAAGCAAAGCUAAAUGCUGCAGUACAAUUGGAAAGAGGGAACAUUCUUAGUGAAAAUAUGGAUUUAGAUAAUAUGUUGAAGUUGCCAGAUGGGAACGUUUACAAUAUCGAUGAUAUUAAAGAUCCAACAAAAUACCAAGGUAAAGGUAGACCUGCUGGUAAUCGUAUUAAGGCUUAUAAUGAGAAUGAGAAGGCGAAUAGUAGUGUGUCUAAAAGAGGAAAUGCUUCUAAAAAUCUUGAGAACACAGUAGGAAAUGAUAAUACCAGUGGACGUAAAUGUAGAUUGUGUAGUAAGACAGGACAUUAUGCACCCAAAUGUCCUACUAAGGAAAGUUAA